AUCGUAUUCAUGCAUUUUGCCCUCCGCGUCGGCAGGGGGCGCUGGAGCGCUGACUGCAGCCGGCUGCGUGCGCUGUAGCCUGCUGUUAAGCUGGUUAGCUGGCACGGGCUGGUUGGUCGGUCGGUUUGGUGGUAGCCAUGGCUCGGAUCGCUGCGCUAGUGCUGCUACCGGUUCUUAUUGAAUCGGUAUUUUCAAUUUCCUUUUUUUUACCGGUGAACACAAGAAAGUGUUUACGAGAGGAAAUCCAUAAAGACGUCCUCGUCACUGGGGAGUAUGAGAUCAGCGAACAGGCGAACACCAAAACUCAUCUGAAGAUCACAGACUCUUCCAGCCACACUCUAUAUUCCAAGGAAGAUGCAACUAAAGGGAAGUUUGCAUUUACCACAGAGGACUAUGACAUGUUUGAGGUUUGCUUUGAAAGCAAAUCCCCCAUGGGAACUGGACGAGUGCCUGACCAGCUGGUCAAUCUGGACAUGAAGCACGGUGUUGAGGCCAAAAACUAUGAAGAGAUCGCAAAAGUGGAAAAACUGAAACCUCUUGAAGUUGAGCUGAGGCGACUGGAGGACCUGUCAGAGUCGAUCGUCAAUGACUUUGCUUAUAUGAAGAAGAGAGAAGAGGAGAUGCGGGACACCAAUGAGUCCACCAACACACGCGUGUUGUACUUCAGCAUAUUCUCCAUGUGCUGUCUGAUCGGGCUGGCUACAUGGCAGGUCUUCUACCUGCGGCGCUUCUUCAAGGCAAAGAAACUGAUCGAGUAGAGCGACGCCCGAAGGGACGCUGCCAGCCGGUCAGCCAACACAUCCCAGCAUCCACCCUCCUUGGACUAGCUUCAGCAGACAACAGCAAGCGGGGUCAAGGGGCUCAAAUCUAGUUUUCACGGUUGAACGAAAGUAUCGACAAAACCUUCACCUGCUUAUUUAGUGGUCUGAAACACGACAAGCUCUGCAGGGAGAAAUGCACUGUGAGGCGUGGAAGGCCUGUGAUGCGUUUCUUUCUGCACCGUUUAGUGUUGCAGCUUACUCAAUAAGAACUUUAUUCCGUCAAUCAGUUGAUCAGUGGCUUUUUGGUUUUGAGCUCAGUUUGAGUGAAUGUGGAUGUGCCAUGAGUGAAUGUUUUUGCCCUUCUGUUGAUAUACACAUGGUUUUUCAUGCCAAGCAGACUAGAUCCUUGGUGCCCUUUUAUCAAGUGAAGGCUCUUUGAAAAUGUGGUUUGUUCUUACUUUAAGACAAUUUGCAACCACUGAACUUCUGUGUUGUCACCUAAUUUGCAUACAUGUUCAGUAGCUAAAUUUAACCUCGUCUUUAGUUUGUUUGGUUUUUUCAUAAUGUAAUUGCCACUUAGUUGCUUCUACUGGUAUAAUUCUUGGGAGUUGAGUUGGCAAAAUAUUAUUCUCUUAAUUGUAAAUUAGGUCACUUAUUUUGAGCUCUCGCAUGUUCAGGUGUUGUUUUUGGAACGUCCAUCAAAAGUAUCCAGGAACAAAAAAGAAAACCUUGUUCGCACACCCAUAUGAUUUGUAUCACAAUCUUCAUUCAUAUAUAUUUAUGCAAGCUUCUCUUGUCGGAUUGCGGUGGAUGGAGGUUGUGACAAGAACCGAAAAGGCUUUUCAAUAUACGCCCUUCUCUUUACACUGGUAGACUUAUUCUAAUGAAUUCUUGUUUCAUAUAACAGUACUUGCAGAUCCAUCCAGUGUUGUUUGUUUUAUUUUUUUUUUGUCAUUUGAAAUGUUUGAGGCUUGGGUUACAUGAGUUUGGGUGGUUGCAGGUAUUCAUAUUGUUUUUCACAGGGGUUAAUUGGGGCUGUCCUGGGUACCUUUUUAACAAUGAACAUGCGCUUUGUGCGCAGUCAAUGAUUUUUAUGUUGACUGAUCGAAUUUUGUAAAUUUGUGUUGGGCUUUUAUUCAAUAAAAAUAUUGGAUGGAUAUACAUGUAUGUUUGUUUGUUUGUUUUU